AUGAGUGAAAUGACGAGUGUCGAACAACAACAGCAGCAGCAACAACAGUACGUAGGUGGCAGUUCGAAUCCGGAGCAUCAUUGCAAGGAUUGCGGUCUUUAUUUCGAAAGCGAUAAAAGUUUGGAAGUGCACCUGCGAUACCACCAGGAGAACCUGCUAAGUCAGUGGGCGAGCCAGGCCCAGCAGGAGGAGAGUAACAACAACAACAGCAAAGCUGGUAAUCAUAAUAGUCACGUGGGUGUUAAACGCGAUAGCGUGACCGCACCGGCGGACUCGAGCGAAUCUUCCUCGAGGCCGCCCUCGCAAGAUCCUACGUCUUCUCAACAACCAUCGACGCAACAACAACAACAACAGCAGCAGCAGCAGCAGCAACAACAGCAGCAGCAGCAGCAACAAACUCAUCAUCAACAACAACAGCAACAGGCCUCUGGUCCGAGUUAUAAUCACUUUCAAACGCCGAUGUUCGGCGAGACGAAUUAUUUUAUGCAGAACGAUCAGGCCUAUAUCUUGCCCCAUCCCCAUUACGCAUCACCGCCCAGGGAAGAUACGCAAAACAGUGGUGGGGGUGGGGGCAGUGGCGGUGGAAGUUAUUCGCGUUACCAUCCGUACCAACAUCAACAACAUUUUCCACCGGAACGCACCAGUUCCGUAAGUUCCACCAGUCCAAGGAGUCCGCCUCUGCAAUGUGACAAGUGCGGUGCAGUGUACGAGGACGCGAAUCAAUUGGGUGAACACGUGAGAACGAGCCAUUCCAACUCGCCCGCCUCGUAUCCCGGCCAACAUCAACAAUACCAACAGUUGGGUAACAGUCCUCAGCAACAGAGCCAACAACAAAUGCACCCGUCACCACCUCAGCCCAGCCAACAGCAGCAGCAGCAGCAACAACAACAACAAUCGGGUUACGAUUACAACGGUGGACAACCAGUGAAAUUGGACGUGAAGCAGGAACCGGACGAACAGGCGGAAAUUCUCGAUCUAGAUUCGCACAAAGUGCAGACUCAUAGAUACGAGGAGGAGUUGAUGAGGCUUCAUCAGCAGCAGCAACAGGAGUUGCACAUGCAGAUGCAUCAGCAGCAGGUGAUGCAUCAGCAGCAUCAACAGCAGCAACGCAGCGGAUCGCAUUCGGUGAGUUCCAUGCUGGGUUGGCCAGCCGCCGCGCAAUCCCACGAUUAUCACGGAUUGUCGUCGAUGGGUCCGAUGGAGAGCGUCUCGCCACUCUCCGAUCAGGCUCAAUUCAUUCGGGGGCAGCACAUGGGCGUGGAACCGCCGCGGCAUCCGGGCUCCCCCAUCAUCACGAGCACGCAACCGAUGCCGGGCCACCAGAUACCCGGCGGUUUGUUGCAACAACCGCCCAAACCCCCACCUUUGGCCAAUCAAUCGUGGAAAAGUAACGAGGCGCGGCGGCCAAAGACCUACAACUGCACCGCGUGCAACAAGUGGUUCACCAGCUCGGGCCAUCUGAAGAGGCACUACAACACCACGUUGCACAAGAAUGCGGUGAAACAGAGCAAUCAACCGGAUCCGGCCAACUUGCCGAUCAGCGCUCAUCACCAUCCUGGUAGGGACAGCCAUUCCGGUGGCAGAGCCGGAGGACCACCGCCUAGAUCGCCGGAGUUAUCCUCUUCCGGGAGUCCCCCAAACUUGAUGGCAGGUCCCUCGGGCGAGGCGGCGAGGGGCCUGCUCCACACGCCCACCAGUCUCUACAACAGCAGCAACAACAGCAGCAGCAGCAACAACAACAACAACAACAAUUCCAACAACAGCAGCAGCAGCAGCAGCAGCGAAUCUGUGGCGGCGGCGGCGGCGGCGGCGGCGGCGGCGUCUCUAACCCAACAAUCGGGUUCGGCGGUGCACUUGGGCUCAACAAUGGUACCGCCGCUCAAUUCCCCGGUCCAAUCCCCGUUGGCGGGUCACCAUCAGCAACAAAUGGGUUCCCCGUCCUCUCAGCUGGGCCAUCAGCAGCAACAGCAGCAGCAACUUCAUCACCUGCCAAUGGGUUCGCCGUCGGGCCACCAACUUCCGGCCCACCAUCCCAUGAGUUCUCCCAUAUCGCCCAUGCAUCCACCGCCGGCACCCCACCUGAAUUCCCCUUCGCCAAUGGGCUCGUCCCACCCGCACCACCACAUGAGUUCUCCAUCUCCCAUAACGCCGGCCUCGGUCCACCCAGCAAUGGCUUCGCCCACAGCGAUGGGGGGUACUACGAUGCCUCAUCAGCCGUACCCAAACGCCUUGCCCCCCCACGUUAUAACUACUACCAACAUCCCGGGCCUGCUGGAGUCUAUCACCAUCCAGCUAACUACUACUGGUAAUGAGAUGAACGAGUUACCGCUCACCGACCAAUCUCAACACCAGCACGAGCAACACCACCAGCAGCAGCAGCAACAGCACAAUCAACAGUUGCAACAACAGCAACAACAGCAGCAGCAGAAUCAUCAUCACCAGCAGCAAUCUCAGGAUGUUUUACCCGGUUUCGGGACCUUUAGCAAUCAUCAAAGGCCCCUUCCGAGCUUCACUCAGUUCAACGUAGCCGGGUUUUUGAUCGGCCAAAAUCAAGCGCAGGCCGUUAACGUGGGGGGGCUGAACGGGGAGGAGAACGUGUCUCCUCAAGACCGAUCGUUCGAGUCGUCCGAGUCGAAUUUCAUCCCGUAUAGAACUUCGACGCCGAGAUACGAAUCCUUGACCAAUAUGGACUCGCAAGCGGUGGAAAUGCAACCGAACACGGACGGUAUGAUCAUCAAACAGUACCAAUUUCAAGCCCAUCAUCAUUUGCCGCACUCGCUUCACCAGCCCCGGGACCAUCACGAGGCGAACAACAAUCUGCCGAGCAAUAAUUCGAUGAUUCAAGGGAAGGAGGAGUUGAAUCCGAACGUCGGUAGACAAUUCGAGAAGAGCAGCUCGUACAAAACGAAGGGCGGUACGGUGAUCACCAAGGAACAUCAGGUGACCAGUACCAACACCGGUUCGCACUACAUUUCCCAGGACGGCUUUCACAAGUGCAUCGAAUGCGACAAGGUAUUCAACAAGGCUUGCUACCUGACGCAACACAACAAGAGCUUCCACUCUGGCGACAAGCCGUUCAAAUGCAAUCAGUGCGGUAAGAGGUUCCCCCUCGAGUACCUGCACGCGGAGCACCUGCAGAAGCACGCCGGUGACAAGCCAUACAAGUGCGAGAUAUGUCCCAAGCAGUUCAACCACAAAACUGACCUUAGGCGGCACUUGUGCCUCCACACCGGCGAAAAGCCGUACGCCUGUGAUAAUUGCGGCAAGGGAUUCAUCAGGAAGGACCACAUGAUGAAGCACCUCGAGACGCACAAAAAGAAAAACAACAACCACAACGUCCAUCUCAGGGCGUGA